AUGCCGACUUUAACGACGACCUAUCUCCUCCCUGCCAUCCUCCUCAAUCCCGCCUUCGUCCUCCAUCUCUUCAAUACCUUCGUGUCGCAUAUGAUGCCUCCCCCACCCUCGGUUUCCCUCUCCCCGCAUCCCUUCAUGGAGAGUCUUGGCCCUGUCCGCAACGCCCCUCCCUACCUCGACAUGCACGCGGACGAUCAGCUAUGCUGGGGCUACACAGUCGUCAUGGUCCUGGUGCAGGUCCUCGCCUUCGGACGUGUGAGUGAUAACAGAGUGCAGAGAAAGAGCGCCAAGGCGGCUAAACUUGAGCGCGAGAAAAUCAGGAAGGAGAAACUCGAGAAGGCCGCUGAGGUUAGGAAACCAGCUGUUUCGAAAGCCAAUGGACAUUUGAAUGGGAUUCUGGUUGGCACUUGCGAUGUUCCUGCAGAGCAGAAACUCUUAAAUGGUGUUGCGAAUGGUGGACCGCAGCCCCAAACGUCAACGGACGAGCGGAGGAAGGAAUUUGAUAGUGAUGAGACAAUGACGGAAACGAGUGAAGAAGAGAUGAUUCCCUAA